ACAUACUAUAUAAUCCGGACCAAGUUAGAAAGCGAUCCUGACGUUCCCAUACCACAAAACAUUUAUCGUCCCUAGUUCCUUACUUGCUCUUCUUUCUCUCCACAUAAAGCUGGCCUCUUCUUCCUCUCCUCCUCCUCCUCCUCCUCCUCUAUUGACCACCGUUGAUGAGCAUCGAUCGGAAAGGCUAGUGGCGUCGCCUCAAGGACAGAGAAGGAAAGAGCUAUGGAGCAUCGUUCGCGCCCUCUAAACCUUUGCCAUGUCGACCCGAAAUUAAUCGCCGUCAACCGCGCACACAUGCUCAUCCAUGGAGCAGCUCUACUUAUCCUUAUACACUAUAGAGCUUCCUUUUUCUUCGCCGAAGAAGCUAGCUCACCGGGCCAACCCACCACUUUGGCUUGGCUCAUUAUUUUCCUGGGCGAGCUAACGCUGUCCCUCACGUGGCUUCUCCACCAGGCCUUCCGAUGGCGGCCCGUGUCGCGGACCGCCUUUCCCGAGAGGUUGCCCGGCGAUGGGGAGCUCCCGUCGAUAGACGUGCUGGUGUGCACAGCGGACCCCGAUAAGGAGCCCACCGUGGCAGUGAUGAAUACGGUGAUAUCGGCAAUGGCGCUCGACUAUCCACCGGAGAAGCUCCACGUGUACCUCUCAGACGACGGCAGCUCGCUGCUCACGCUGCACGGGAUGAGGGAGGCGUACGAUUUCGCGAGACGGUGGUUGCCGUUUUGCAAGAGGUAUGGAUUAAAGACGAGGUGUCCCAAGGCUUAUUUCAUGGAUAACGAGGAUGUGAGCGCUAGCGUGGGGUACGAAUCCGAGAAGGAGGAGGUCAAGGAGAAGUAUGAAUUGUUCGAGGCGCAUAUAAAUGGAUAUAGAAACAGGAACUAUGGUGAAUCAUGGGAUGGGAGGCUGGAUCAUCCAUCUACCAUUGAGGUGAUCCAUGGAAAUUCCUCAGACGAAGUUGUGCAAGCUGACCAACAGCAAAUGCCUCUGCUUGUUUACGUCUCCAGGGAAAAAAGGCCUUCUUACCCUCAUAACUUCAAAGCUGGAGCUCUCAAUGUUCUGCUUCGCGUGUCGGGGGUGAUAAGCAACUCGCCGUAUGUAUUAGUGCUGGACUGUGACAUGUAUUGCAACGACCCAUCCUCGGCGAGGAGGGCAAUCUGCUUCCACUUGGACCCGACAUUGUCUCCAUCGCUUUCAUUCGUUCAAUUCCCUCAAUCGUUCCAUAAUAUCAGCAAGAACGACAUCUACGACAGUAAACACAGAUCGCCAUUUGGGAUAUUAUGGUGUGGAAUGGACGGGUUGCAAGGACCUUUAAUAUCUGGUACUGGCUUUUAUGUUAAGAGAGAGUCCUUGUACAGCAAACCCAUGCAAGAAGGUACUACAGCUAAUCUCAUGGAUUUGAAAGCAAUCUUUGGCCAUUCCAAUGAGUUUAUUAAACAUCUUCACUGGAGCGACAAGCUUAAUAAGAACAUUCUCAGCGAACUGGGAGCAGUCUGCAGAGACACCGAACAUUUAGCUUCUUGUCACUAUGAAAACGGAACAAAAUGGGGUCAAGAGGUCGGUUUCAAGUAUGGAUCUGUGACCGAAGACUUCUUCACCAGCUUCGCCUUGCACUGCAAAGGAUGGAAAUCAGUGUACUGUUGCCCAUCGCGGCCUCAAUUUUUGGGGGCUUCCACGACAAAUUUGAAUGACCUACUGGUUCAAAUCACAAGAUGGAGUUCCGGGUGGGCUCAGGUCGGGUUCUCCAGAUUCUCUCCUCCGAUUUAUGGACCAUGGAGAAUGAGCAUUCUUCAGAGCAUGUGUUAUACCGAGCUUGCGUUCUUCCCCCUCUACUGCUUGCCUCUCUGCUGCUUAGCCAUCAUUCCCCAGAUAUGUCUAUUCAAUGGCGUCCCCAUUUAUCCGGAGGUUUCGAGCUCAUUGUUCCUCGUGUAUUGCUUCGUUUUCCUAUCUUCACUUUCCAAGCAUCUCUACGAGGUCGUCGUGAGUGGUCACUCGGUCCGGACGUUUAUAAACGAGCAACGGAUAUGGAUGAUACACUCGGUGACCACUUAUCUAUACGGGAGCAUAAAUGCCGUUCUGACGAAAACCGGGGUGAGGAGAGCGAGCUUCUUGCCUACUAGCAAGGUUGCCGAUGACGAGCAAAUGGAGAUGUACGAAAAGGGCGUGUUUGAUUUCCGAACAUCGAUCGUGUUCUUGGCCCCGAUGGUGGCUCUAGUGAUGUUGAGCAUGGCUUCCUUUGUCGGAGGAAUCGUUCGGGUGCUCGUCUUGGGAGGUUGGGACAAGUUGCUUGGGCAGAUUGCUCUGUCGUUCUUCAUCCUGGUGAUGGGCUACCCUGUGAUUGAAGGGAUGGUAAGGUCGGAUAAAGGACGCAUUCCAUUGUCAGCCGCUGUACAGUCGGCUCUACUUUCCUCGGCACUGCUGUGGUUGGGUUCAGCUCUUCUUGUGUACCGAGAGAUGAAUGGUAGACGUGCAAGUUACUCUUGGUAUUAGGGGUGACAGUUCGUGUUGAUAUGUCAUGAUUAUUAUUAUAAUUCGAAUUUAUGUAGACCUAGAAACAUAUAGAUUUUGAUUCUAUAUGCCAUAUAACUAUAAUAUGAUGAAGCCACAUUAAUAUUUGUGAGUUUGUAUUCAAAUAUGAAGUUAAGCGUGGUAUGUCAUGUCAUAUUUUAUUUAAGUUUUCA